AUGGGUAAUACAGAUUCAUUCCCUCUCUUAUCUCAAACAAAAUCAGCCGUUCAAGGGCUAUGUGGGGAUUCGAAAGGAGCCUGGGACACACAAAUUAACUUUUCUAAAGGCUGCCUUAUCGUAUCUCAAGUUAGAUCAGCAAUAGAAUAUAUAAAAGGAGAUUCUAAAGCCGCUAAAGAAACACAAUUAUAUUGUUUUGGUUGUGUAAGUAAUUUUGUAAAUGGAAUUCCUGUGAUUGGACACAUUAAAGGUGGAAUUCAUUAUGCCUUUGGUGAUAAUGAAGGAGGGAAUGAAGCAAUGAAAAGUUCUUCAAGGACUGUUGGAGUAAUAGGAGGUGGUGUUUGCGGUUUUUUUCUCGGAGGUCCUCCUGUAGCGGCUCUUGGAGGGGUAGCUGGUGGACAAACUUUGGAUGUGAUUACUUCCGUUAUUGAUUCCGCUGUACAUGGAGAACUUCGCCCUAAUGGGUCUUGGGCCGCAGUUGGUCAAGCAAUUAAGAAUCCUAAUUCGGGAAAUGUAUUUGAUUGUGUGGUGGCUAUUACAAGUGACGCUUUGACUGGUUAUUUUUCUGGAAAGCGCAUCGCCAAUAAAAUAACGGCUAUAAGAGCCGUAAAGAAAGAAGCUAACAAUCCUGAUCUCGUGAAUGCUUACAAACGAGCCACAUCUGGUCAGUUAAAACCAAAACUAAGAAAAGAAAUUAGAAAAAUGAAAUUUGGUCCUUGUGAUGUGCAUGUCUUAACAGAGGGGGAAAGAAGAGGACAAAUUUCCGUAUCUACGGAUAAAUUGGGGAGACUUAUCUAUGACGUUAAGGGUAUUGAUAAUAAUAACACUUUAAAACUUUCAUUUAAGGAAUAUCUUCCAAAACACGAAUAUAAAAAGCCAGGACUAGGAUAUAAAAAAAUUAUCUUUAAAGACACUUACAAACAAGUAAUUGUACAAUCGACUAUUGACGAGAUAGAUAUAAAAGUUGAUUCUGAGACAUUUAUCGCAAUUAUACGAUCGACUAUUCAAUCUUCUGUGACAGAUAUAGGAAUUGGCCAGGUGAUAAACUUCACUUACCAAAACAUAAAACAACUUUACUCCUUAAUUCUGCUUUUGUCACGUUCAAUGAUUUCCAGUUAA